CUCUCUCACACAUAUAGGAGCAGAGUGCUAACACCUCUUCCUGUUCUGUUCUCUCUUUUCUUUCCUCCUUCCGUUCUUUCUUUCUUUUUCUCUUGGGCAUUGCUGGAUUGGUUAUGAACUUUGCAGCAUGAAGGAAGUUUGUUGGCCUUACUUCGAUCCUGAAUUUGAGAACCUCAACGAGAGGGUUCAUGGUCCCAGUUGCAGAGUUUGCAUCGACAAUGAGAGCUUCAAUGGCUGCACCGUAGUCAAGGUUGACAGCGUGAACAGGCAGGGCCUUCUCUUGCAAGUGGUGCAAGCACUUUCGGAUAUGGAUCUCUCCAUCUCCAAGAGCUACGUUUCCUCAGACGCUGGAUGGUUUAUGGACGUUUUUCACGUCACCGAUCAAAAUGGCGACAAACUUACCGACGAAAAGGUCAUUAACUAUAUCCAGCAGGCCAUAGUUGCAAGAAGAGAUUUACCUCAUCAGGUGAAGACCGGGUGCAACCACCGGAAAGCCAUGAGAAGGAACACCGAUAUAGAGAGCCCAAGCGAGCAUACGGCCAUAGAACUAAGUGGGACCGACCGACCCGGUCUAUUCUCGGAGAUAUCAGCAGCUCUUGCUGAUCUUAGAUGCAAUGUAAUUGAAGCUCACGCAUGGAGUCACAACGAACGCUUGGCCUGUGUAGCCUACAUCGAAGAUCAGUUAACCCAUAGCCGAAUCGAUGAUCCACGCCGACUUGCCACUAUCGAAGAUCAUCUCUCGACCGUUCUUCACGCCACCACCAACCCAGGUUCCGACUCUCCAGGGGCUCACAGUGACCAGGGAGGAGUCACGACUGCAGGUCUCCCGGAUAAUGGCAAUGGAACGACGACAAACGUAGAACGCCGGCUUCAUCAGCUCAUGUUUGCUGGUAGAGACUUCGAUGGGCCGUCAGGGACCCUGAGCUUAUCGUCGUUAUCUUCAUCGACGGAAGGCGAAGAAGGGAAGAAGAUAAAUGUGUCCAUUGAGGGAUGCAAUGAGAAGGGGUACUCAGUUGUGACUGUAGAGUGUAAGGAUAGGCCGAAGCUCAUGUUUGAUACCGUGUGUGCCCUUACUGACAUGCAGUACAUGGUCUUCCAUGCUUCCAUGUCCUCUCAUUCGGGCUACACAUUUCAGGAGUACUAUAUAAGGCAUGUGGAUGGGUGCACAUUGAACACAGGAAGCGAGAAGGAACGUGUAGUGAAAUGCUUAGAAGCUGCUAUAGAACGAAGAGUAUGUGAGGGUGUUCGCCUGAAGUUACGUGGACACAAUCGUGCAGGAUUGCUAUCUGAUAUCACGCGAAUGCUUCGUGAGAAUGGUCUCGCCGUUGUUCGAGCAGAUGUAGAGACGAGGGGCGAGGAUGCGGUGAAUGCAUUCUAUGUUCGAGAUAUGUCAGGAAACAAAGUGGACAUGGAGACUGUUGAAUCGAUGAGAAGAGAGAUGAGGCCAAUAGGUAUUGAAGUGAAGAAUGAGUCAUUUAACAAACCAAACUCCACCGAGAGAUCUCGCUUCUCCUUGGCUGACCUGUUUAGAUCACAAUUGGCACGCUUCUCAAUAAACUUUAUUUCAAUUAGGUGAAGGUGGACCAUGGAGAUUAUUAUGCUAAAGAACAAUGAAUGAACAAGGAAUAGAGAGAGAGAGAGAGAGAGAGAGAGAGCCAGUUGCUCUUGAAGAAUGAGCUAUCUCACAUGCAAAACGUUCUGAGCUUGCCUUGGUUCCAUGGAGAGUAGCUUAGGUCUUGGUUUGUACAGAUAGGAAGGAAGAGGGAAGGUUCAUCGGCUGCAUUGAUGUACAUAGGUAGCUGUUUAGUAUGUAACUAUUUCCAUUGGCUGGCUUGUAUAUAAAUGAACGAGAUAGCAUUUUUAUUCUUUGUGCUGUCCUUUUCAUUUGUAAAUUAUCAAAUUUAGGGUCGUAAGGAUUUGACCAAAAA